UCUUUAGACAGAAAGAGAAAAGGAAAAAUGCCUACCAAAAUUCAUCCGAAAGCACCAAAGCAGUUGGAAAAUGUUGUGAUUGAAGAGCGCUUCUGUAAUGAGUCUGUCACAGCAUUGACUGUGUGGAAGAGAUCGUUGGUUUUGAAUUGCAAUGGUUUCACUGUGUUUGAUUCAACCGGGAAUCUUGCCUUCAGGGUUGACAAUUAUGAUUCUGGAUAUAAGAACGAGGUGGUUCUCAUGGAUGCUGCAGGAAAUUCUCUGCUCACAAUGAGAAGAAAGAGACUUAGCAUGUACAGUGAAUGGCAUGCUUUCUUGAAAGAUAAAUCAGAUGGUCAAAAGCCAUUGUUUAUAGUCAGGAGGAGUUUUCUGCUUCCUACCAAGACUUUGGCACAGAUAUACGUGGGUUCAGUAUCAGAGAAGAAGCAUCCAGAUUACCAGAUUGAAGGGUCUUUUGCCAAUAGAUCCUGCACUGUUUACAACAGCUCGCGUAACAUUGUUGCUGAGAUGAAAAGAAAGCAAGUGAGCUCAGAGAUAACACUGGGAGGAGAUGUGUUCAGUGUGAUUGUACAGCCUGUCUAUGAUCAAGCUUUUGUAAUGGGUUUAGUCGUCAUUCUUGAUCAGAUCAGCUGGAAUGAACGCCAUACAAACACCAAGCUUCACUCCCGUACGCUUAGUCUUGAUUUGCCAAGGCAUUUGCCGUGGAGAAGUCUUUCCUUAGGAACAUGAUUGGUAUAGAGGAUUUAUGAAAGGGCCUAUCCUCCUGCUCUGUCUUUUUUUAUUCCAGGCAAUUUGGGAGAGACUAUGAGCCCUGAUUAUUGUAGAGGAUAUGUAUUAUCAUUGUAGAUUUUAGCACCCAUUGUGCAAAAAACAAUGCUAGCAUUGUAGAUUUUAGUACCCAUUGUGCAAAAAACAAUGCACGGAUAAACAUAUAGAUUUAAUCUGCCAAACGUAUAAGUACUUAGUAGAAAGUCCCAUCUGUAUGAUAGCAUUCACAUGGAAUAAAAAACGAAACCAUGUCAGUACACAAGCCAAUCUAUCAGACAAAUUGCGAUCACUGGAAAUACUCCAUCAAUAAGGAUUUGGUUUUUUUUAUAAUCCAAAGGGGUAGUGUCUCAUGAGCUUGGAUAGGGAGAUUAUUUGUGAAGUCUUUAACCUUGAACCAAAUAUUCAUUUGACUUUGGAGAGUUAAGAAGAGAGUAUGUCUGGAUGGGAAGAAGUUUCGCUAUUGCUGAAUUUCAGACCCAAAUCCUUGAGCAAAGGAGAUUAUGAUAUUUUGAAGAUUACUUCAUCAAAACCUAUUUUGCUCUGUGUUAAGUAUUGGGCAUAGAUUCUGCCAAUUGGUUAACAUAUUUGUAUCUUGUUAGUUUUCAAAUUCGCUCGAUCAGUAUAGAUUUGCUUGUCCAUGCGCAAGACAACAUUUGGGAACACGUUUGUAUACAUCCUUAUUGACAAGUUUUCGGUAGGGUUAGAUGGAGCAUAUGAAGACGUUACUUCUGGUCCACCUGAGGUUACUCCAUUUGAUGUGUUUGAAUCCUUUUUUCCCAGAGAUCAUGCGAACUAUGAGUACUUUGAUAGUUUGGGAGGUAGUGGUUCUAAAUUUCAAAAUAGUGGGCAUCGGCUUGAGCAGGAUUUUAAGUAAAAAGAAUAGAAUCAGCAUGGGCAUGAAAAGGAGGUUGACCGUAUUUUGUUUGUCAUGGUAAUAUUGAACUAAAGGAUUAUUGAAAUGAAAUAUUUGUGAUGAUUCUUAUAUGGCCUUAGGAAGUUUUCAUUUAUAAUGAAUUCUAUGCUAAAGGUGGAAAUAGUUUGCUCUCAAACUAUUGGUUUAAAAUCUGGAUGCCGAACAUUGUCAAAAUAUGACAAGUUUCAGAUUAUUGAAAAAAUAUGCGGGUAACACAU